CUCAGGAAGCUUGGGUCUCCCCGGGAGCAGGUCUGCCCUAGGGGGAAGCCUCUGUUCUGUGCCUUGCUGCUCAGCGGCUGACAUUCAGGCGGACGGAAGAGGGGUUCGGCGCCCCCCCACCCACCCACCCCACAUGCACACGUGCUAGCCCAGGCAGGUGGGAGCGCCUCCGCGGAAGAGUCCAAAAAGAGGGAGGAGAGGCGUGCCAGCAUCUCCGUCCGGUCCGGGCUCCAGGUCGGCCACAGAGGAGCUGCAGCCUCCAACAGGUUGCCAAAUCUCCCCAGCCAGGCCUGCCAGGAGCCCCUGCAUGCAAAUUCAGCUGUGGGCUAGGGCACGCUAACCGGAGUCAUAGGCAUGGACUUCGUCAUGAAGCAGGCCCUCGGAGGGGCCACCAAGGACAUGGGGAAAAUGCUGGGGGGAGAGGAGGAGAAGGACCCAGAUGCACAGAAAAAGGAAGAGGAGCGGCAGGAGGCGCUGCGGCAGCAGGAGGAGGAGCGCAAGGCUAAGCAUGCGCGCAUGGAGGCCGAGCGUGAGAAGGUCCGGCAGCAGAUCCGAGACAAGUAUGGGCUGAAGAAGAAGGAAGAGAAGGAAGCUGAGGAGAAGGCAGCCCUGGAGCAGCCCUGCGAGGGGAGCCUGACACGGCCCAAGAAGGCCAUCCCUGCGGGCUGCGGGGACGAGGAGGAAGAGGAGGAGGAGAGCAUCCUGGACACGGUGCUCAAAUACCUGCCCGGGCCGCUGCAGGACAUGUUCAAGAAGUAACCAGCCCUCCUGCCCAUCCCCACUCCACUUGUUACUAUUUUUUUUCGGUUCUUUCUUUUCUUUUGAUUCAGUUAAGUCUCAGUUCUGACAGGGAAAACCUCAGUUGGCCUCUGCCCACCUGUCCCUGGCUAGGGGCUCAUCUCCUUAGCACUCCCUCAUACACCCUUCAUCCCAGAGUAUCGAACCCCCACCUCACACCCAAGUUUCUUGAAAAAGGGAAGACAGCUAUUCCCCAGCAGGGGCAUUAUCCAGCGUGGGAGGCACUGGGGCCCCCUUCUAGAAGCCUAAGGUCCAUGCUAGUGUGGUAACCCCCAUACAUUCCUUCAUGCACCCCACUGCCAGGAGGACCACUGUCCCCAGCCAGCCAAAGUAAUGACACAUUCCAGCCCUGCCCAGCAUGCUGACCUUUGGCCUCUGGCCCCCAGUGGGUUCCAGGUCAGGGCAGGGGUUCUGGGUUGUCUAGCUCUGAGGAAGGGAGUCAGGGUAAGCCUGCCCUGUGAGGGCCCAGCCUGAGAGGCCCCCUGUAUUCUGGGAAGGAGGCUGAGGCUCUCCUUCUUCACUCCCCCUGGUGACACCCAGGAGUACCCCUGCCCCGACCACCACCUGAAAAGGUAUAGCCCCUACAAAGCCAGUCCCUCCAAAUGGAUCCUCUUUGGACUUUAACUCAUCUGUGGAGGGGCCCAGGGUAGGGUAGCUCCUUGUUCCCCCCACCCUCCACUUAGAUCUGGGGGGCCCACUGCCAGUCUGGGCCCAGCUUGCCCAGACAAGGGGCUGCCCAGGCCCCCCCAGAAAACACUUGGAGCCAUUGGGCAGCGAUGGCCCAUGCCAUGGGACACCCCCCCAUUGGUGCAGCCAAGCUGCCCCCAUUCCUAUCCACCCCUCAUUCCCACCACCCUGCCCUGUCUAUGUGCUUCCAGGACCCCAUGGUCCCCUGGAGGACCCUUCCUGGCUAAAGCCCCAAGCCUCUGGGGAAAAGCCAGUCCCCACUUGACAGAAGGCAUCUGUCCAUUCAUCUCAUCGGCCAAGAACAAACUCUCCUCUGGGAUGUGGGAGACUGGUGUCUGUUCCUCCCACCACAAACUGUUAAGGCCUCUUGCUCAGUCAGUUUUGUGAGAACUGAGGACCAUGAAGCAACAAGAGAGGAAAUUGUGUGUCCAUGCAUGCAUGCGUAUGCAUGGCAGAGACUGAAUCAGCAAUUAUGUGUCCAGAGAUUGUGCAUAUGGCGAGAGAGAGAGAGAGAGAGAGAGUCAGUCUUGAGACUGUGAGUGUGUGUUAGUCCCUGUGUUAGAGAUUGUGUAUGUUAGGCAGCCUGUGUAUAUGUGCUUGUUUGAGGUGGUAUAUAUGAGUUGAUAUUGUGCCCUAUGUGCGUGCUAGCCAUCUCACAUGUGUAGGAGAGCUUGCAUUUGCAUGUGUUUUCAAAGCAUCAUGUGUGUUAGGAGUGAUGGGUAUGUGUUAGAUGUUGUAGAAAUGUGUGUGAGAGUUGUUAGAUGUGCUAAGACUGUUGUGUGCAUGUAUGUGGCUCUAAAAAGGCAGGUGUAUGCAGAACAAGCUCUUGGAGAGAAAAAAUGUGGGUAAGAUGCCUCCUCUUGGCCCCAAAACCAUUUGUCACAAAUAGCCACAUUCAACAGGAGACCUUGUCCUUGGCCUAGAGUCCUUCCACCCUUGGGGGGUUCCUGCCUGAGGUCUUCACAAGUCCACUGGGACAGAUCCAGGCAGUGCCCCAAGAAGCCAUGCUGGGCCCCAGCCAGGGCCUACCCCCAAAGCUGGGGCUAGGGAGGGGCGACUUGCCUGCCCCUGUGCCCCUGCCCCAUUGGCCCCAGUUUGCAUUCUGCAGGUUUUCCAUUUUAGUGGAUUAUGCUUUUAUUUCAGAGAGAGACAUGUGUCUUCUCUGUCCAUUUCCAAUAGUUAAAGCCAUAUCAGUUAGACUGCAAUACUUUAAAGACAAGACAAAACAAUCCAUAUGUUUAGGGAACCAGAAAAGUACCUGGUCUGUCCCUUCUCUGGGGAGCUGGGCCUCAGCAGCUCUAGCUCCCUGGAUCUGCCCUUCUCCCUCGCCCCCGCCCCUUCCCUGUGCCCAUGUCCUGCCCCGCAUGGGGCCUGUCUCUGUCUCUGUGCCUGUGUCUGUGAUGGGGAGCCACCUUGCACCCCUACUGUCUGCUUGUCUGAGUAUGUCUAUGAUCCUGGGCAGGAUGGUCAUUCUCUAGAGCCCUGGGGCCCUGGAGCAGAGGUAGGCAGGGCCCAGUCCAGGAGCCCUAGGCCUCCACACACCCCGUGUGUGAGACCCACUGGACACAGGAGUGGAUCCCAAGUGUUCAAAAAGGUCUCCCCCUUGACAGGGACCCACUGAUCAUGAAGGUGGGCCCAGGGCACAGAUCAUGCUAAAUGGACAGUGGAGACCGAGGCCUGGGAGCUUCAGAUGAGUAGUGGAACCCAGCCAUACAAGAUAUUUCAGGUGAGCCUGAGGGACCCCAGAGCCUCAGAGGGCAUCCUGGUGGUCUCUGAAGCCCUCUGCACCCCCAGAGUGGGCUCGGGCUUUUCCCACAGGAGAGUGCCCUCCAGACUGGCUGGCGUAGUCUGGGACACCUCCCAGACUCUCCAGACUCCUCUAGCCUGGUCCCAGCAGUAGGACUGGAGGUCUUUGGGAGGUGGGAGCAAGGAGAGAAUUUCAGCCUGGGCCAUACCUGGCUCUAACCACUGCCAGGUGAUCACUCUCAGGUCCAGGAGAACAUGAUGACUAUCAUUCCUGACACAGACUUGACUCUGGAGAGCAGCCAAUGUGCAGCACAGUCGUGAGGAGACAAAAUAUGUGUGGAGGGCUCUAGCAGGACAGGGAGAAUCACAUGAUGUGCCUGGGGUAGGAGAUGUGUGUGUCCCACUGGAUGGGAAGGGAUGAGAGUGUCGCCCCAAAUGGGGCAACGUGCAUGUGACAUACUUGGGAGGCAGGGUGGGGAGCCCCAGAAUUCAGCCCACACACAAUAUACAUAGCAGACAUCCGCUAGCUAGAGAUAUAGGAAGAGCAAUCAUUGUAAAUGGAGAGAACAGAACAAGAUGCAGGGGAGUGCGCACUGCCCGAGGUGGGUAUGUGUACUUUCCAGGAAGGCCACUGACAUGCUGUGGGCCUGGAAGGUCACCACCAGAGAGAAGGGACCAGGCCUCUCUGGAUUUGCCAUGUUAGGCACCUGAGACAGGCAAGGAUGUGGGCAUCCUCCACUCCAGUUCCAGAAGGUCCUAGAGGGUGUUCUUACCAGCAAAGCCAUAUGGGGUCUCCUCCACACACAAGCAGGAAGUCAAGAAACCCUCCCAUGUAUGUGUAUGAUUGAUAGAUAGAUAGAUAGAUAGAUAGAUAGAUAGAUAGAUGAUAGAUAGAUAGAUAGAUAGAUAGAUAGAUAGAUAGAUAGAUAGAUAGAUGCACAGAUGGGUGGAUAGAUAGGCAGGCAGGCAGACAGAUACAUGAAAGGGGAAAGAAAGGGCAAGAGAGACAGAGAACAGAAGUACAUCAGUCCAGGGCCCUCAUGUGGGCAAAGAAACCACCCAAAAGUUGGUGGUUAGAGUGUAAUGAGACAGACCCCAAGCCCCAAGAGCCCCCGGCACCCAGCUGGCAGGGUUGCUGACCCCCACCACUCAGUUGCUCCAUCCUUCUAGGAUCUCAUAGGCCCUUGACUGCACAAGGGGGCUGGGGUCCAAUUGGCUCAGAUGAGGGGACAUCUCCCAGGCCUGAUGAUUUGCCCCUCACCACGUGUCCCCUGCUCCCCUCUCUCCUCUUCAAGGUGAAGAGAUGGGAGGUGCUCGUGCUGGUCCUGGGGUGCAGGUGGGGGUCCUAGUGAGGCCCUGAUGAGGAUGACCAUCCUGCUAAUGCGGGGGUAUCCUGUUCCCAUAUCUGUGCUGUGUCUUUGUUGCUCUGCUUCCUUUAAAUGUGUCAGUGCCUGGGGGAGGGGAGGGGCACCCCUUAUGCCCCCCUGAACCUGACCAAAAGCCAUGGCUGUUGCUCCCCCUUUGUAUGAUGCAGACGCUAACAUGUACCAACCCAACCAUGACAACAAAGAAAAGACCUUGUACAGCA